UUGAAUCCAUUUCGAAUUCAGUUUCAGUUCGCAGUGGACGUUCGCGUUGAUCGGUGGUUCGGUUAUCAAUCCGUGGGAAGGUAGUCUUGAAAAGUCGUUCCUCUCAAGAUUGAGUGCUAUCGGUUGGAAGUGUUGGAAAUUGCUAGAUGAAAUAAUUUUGAUUGAUAUUCAUGGUGUAAUUUUUCAACUAAUUCUGUGUUCGAUCUGCAGUGUGCGCAGUGAAGUUGGUUAAAAUCCAAGAAGAAACUGAAGAGCAAAUCUGUGCGUUAUUUACCGCCCAUUCUGGUUCGAAUUCGAGACCUAAGGCCAUCGCAGAUUUUGUGUUGGUGCCGAAAAAAGUGUGCAAACGUCGUUCGUUGGAGAGCAACACGAAAAUAGGAAAUUUUUGGAGCCGGUGUGUGAAAAGCGAACCAGUGUGCAAUAAUUAGCCGCAAAAGUGCGCCUAGCGAUUCAACGGUUUUAAGUGAUUCGAAUGCAAUUAUCAAAGCUUCCCCGCUCUCGGUGCUAGUGCGCGCGCGAGUUCGCGUCAUAUCGGAGGAACAACGCCCGGGCCAUCGAACAGCAAUAAGCAGCAAUCUCAGAAGAAAGGAAGUGCGCGAAAGACGACGACGACGACGUCGGCCGGUGAGUUGUGUUGAUGUGCCAAAAUCAGUUCGACGACGCGCGAGAAGAUCAUCCGCUUUGAAAAAAAAAAAUAAUAAGGGGCAAGACCGUGUCGAUGGUACAGAAGCAUUUCUCCGAUCGAGCGAUCUUCUCGGCGUGAUCAAGUGUGGCCUACGCACGCACAGCAGUGAAAGAAGAAUUGAAGAAAUCGGAAAUUGUGGACGAAAGUGAAUCUGUAUUGAAACCGUGAGGGGGCGGAAAUUAGUGCAAAAAGAAGUGUGAGAUUCGAUCGAAGGUCGCGAUCGUUGUUUGGUGAGCUAUAGAGAGAAGUGCGGUCAAGUGUGAGGAUCGGUCGAGUUGAGUGUAGGGAGUGUAGGAAAAUGUCUUCGUCGCCGCUGCUGACCAGCUACACCUUGCGCAUCCGAAGUGACACCAGUCCGGUGACGGCCACGGCCACCUUUACGCCCGUCAGUGGCAGCACCUGUAGCAGCUCGCUGAAGAAGCUUAGUCUGAACGACGCUUCUUCGGCGAGUACCAAUUCGGGCGAGUCAACGGAUCCGCUAGAGUCGGAUUUCAGCGCCGAAGAAGAAGAGGAGGAGGAAGAAGAGGAAGAGGAGGAGGAUAGUCGACGGUUCAGGGUCAUAAAACCGGACGAGGACGAAAACGACGACGACGACGAGGAAGAGCAAGACGAAGAAGACGAAGACGAAGACAAACCAAAGUCAAGAAAGUUAGAGAACGAAGACGAAGACGACGACCAGGACGACGGAAACGGUGACGAGGACGAAGACGAAGACGAUAACACCGAUAGCAGCGCAACAGCCCAACAGACGACCAAACAGAAGAACAAUGCUCGAGGCCGAAACUCUUCCUCUGAUGAUGAUACUCGCGACAGCAGCAAUAGCGACGAUGACUCUGACGAUAUUUCUGAUACGAACAAUAAUAUCGGCGGAGUUCGUGGCAAACAACCGCGGCAGUAUGAUCUGGACGAUUUUCAAAUACUGAAAACCAUAGGUACCGGCACGUUCGGAAGGGUAUGUCUCUGUCGGGACAAAGUGACGGACAAAUACUGGGCAAUGAAGAUCCUGGCGAUGGCCGAUGUGAUACGGUUGAAGCAAAUCGAGCACGUCAAAAAUGAGAAGAACAUCCUGCGUGAAAUCGACCAUCCGUUUGUCGUGAACAUGCGAUGGCACGCCCGAGAUGACUGCUGCCUUUACAUGCUGUUCGAGUACGUCAGCGGCGGUGAACUGUUCUCCUACCUCCGAAAUGCGGGUCGUUUCGACAACGCCACCGCCAACUUCUACGCCUGCGAAAUCGUCCUGGCCCUGGAGUACCUGCACGCCCUGUCGAUAGUAUAUCGGGACCUGAAACCGGAGAACCUGCUGCUGGAUCGGGACGGUCACCUGAAAAUAACCGAUUUCGGUUUCGCCAAAAAGCUGAAAGACCGAACGUGGACGCUGUGCGGAACGCCCGAGUACCUGGCGCCGGAAAUCAUCCAAUCCAAAGGGCACAACAAAGCGGUCGACUGGUGGGCGUUAGGGGUUCUUAUCUACGAGAUGGUCGUCGGAUAUCCACCUUUCUACGAUGAUAAUCCGUUCGGUAUUUACGAGAAGAUUCUCAGCGGCAAGAUCGAGUGGUCACGGCACAUCGAACCCAUUGCGAAGGACCUGGUCAAGAAGCUGCUGGUACAGGACCGGACUAAGCGGUUGGGGAACAUGAAGAACGGAGCCGAAGAUAUCAAGAGGCAUCGGUGGUUUAAGCAUCUGGAUUGGGAUGUCGUGAUACGGAAACAGUUGAAGCCUCCGAUUGUGCCAAAGUUUGUAUUCGAGGGCGACACCAGCAACUUCGACGACUAUCCGGAAACGGAUUGGAAAUCGGCCCGAUCACUGGACAAGGUUGAAAUGCAGCUGUUUGAGGAUUUCUAAGCACACAGGAAAUGGAUGUUGAACAUCUCUAGUACCACAAUCUACAAAGAAAAUCUGGUGGAGUGCAGCAUCCUUGCAUCGAAGAUUGCACACAACCAAUAGACGGCAAUUGUAUCAAGUAUUUGGAACUUUCAAGCAACUUGAGGAGACAGCACUUUAUAAAACAUUAAUAUUUAAACCUUAAUUUAUCAAGUGGAGAAAAAGAAGAGAACAGAACAUAAAAGCCCUCUCCAAGUUAAACAGUAUGAACAGUUGAGAAAUGUGGUAAUCCACUAGAAUAGCUUUAUAGACCAAUUAAGAACCAUAACAGUUACAUGCAAGAAAGGAAAAUUGUUUCAGAUGAAUGACUUUUUGUUGUAAAUAUUCUUUACCUGUUCAAAACAUGGAGUUGUUUUAAUUUUUAAACUUAAUAAGGCUCAUAUAUCUAUCACUGGAAAACACUUUCCAAAACUAUUUAGUGUGUACUAGAAGCACAACUUGUGUGUGUGAUUAAGAAACAGCAGAAGGCGCAAAUAAGUAGGUAUUAGGCAUACUUUUGUUCAACUAUUUUAAGUGUUUCAACAUUGUUUGCCUUAGUUGAUAGUGAUUUGUUGGAAUGAAGUGUCCACUCGUAAUCGAUAAGUUAAAUCGAAAAAUUAACCACAUUCACUGUGAUAGAGAGAAAGAUGAAGGUGAAACCUAGGUUUGUUUAAGACCCCGUACAUUGUUAACUUUGCUUUCGGAAAUUUGAUUCGAUUGAUUCAGCCUAGUUGAUGUUUCAAUAGUAAGCGAUAGAGAGAAUGGAAACAAACAAGUAUUCAUGAUCGUAACAUAACUCUUCUUCUAAUUUCGUUACACUUUUCAACUACCUAUUUUUAGAGAGUUUUUUAUAAUUAAAUAAUUUAGAGUUGAUCACCGUCGGUGUCCGGCGUUGCAAUCAAGAAGUCUAGCCAUAUCUUUGAUUAACUGUUUAUACUAUCUUUACUUUUCUAUCUUGCAGUUCUUAGCUUCACGAAUACGUAGAAUUUUUUAAACAUUACUUCACGAUGCUUUGUUCACUGUUACUAUUUAUCACUCAUAUUUCAGUUACCUAUUGCCUGAGUAGCCAACCAAUCGACUGUAAGAAAUGAAAAAGCAUGAAAACUACCAUUGCCGGCCACGUCUAUCACCUACGUUGCAAAAUUGAUCAUGCUCAGAAGUUACUUGUUCUGUUAGUGAUGGGUAAACAAAGCACAAUGCGAUCGGACAAAGCCUGAAACGUUUAGGUUACUAAUAAUUUGAGUUCAUCACACUGUUCUCUAAAGUAGAAUUGAAACACUCAAACAUACGGGAGAUAAAAGAGUCACUCAACUCAGAACUGUAUUUAGGUAUGUGUGUUUUACAGGAUUGAUCUUAUUGACAGAAAAAAAUGGUUCAAAACACAA